GCAGUGUUUACCCUAUCGAAUGCUCACUGUUUCGUAGCUAGCACCCGUAAACAAAGAACAGCUGAGCUGUGUAAAAGUAUCUGUGAGUUUUUGUAUUGUGAAAACUCACACAAGAUAAGCGGAAAAAGUUGCCAACCCAAGCGAAAAAAUCCGACAAAAAUAAUAAAAUUCCAAGUCGACAAAACUCACAAUAUCACGUAUCUGUCAGAUACAAAAUACAGCCGUAUCAGCUUGGUAGCAAUUAGAAAGCAAAUCACGUAGUCCAGCGAAGCUAUGGCGAAGACCAACAACUGGAACUGGAGCACUAAGGGAAUUCUGGUCAAGUGCGGAGGAUUCUCAUCGCAAUUGGCUAACAAUGUAACCGAAAAAGUGGAUGGCGAUCCAUUGUGGGGAUCUCGAUUCGAUGCCACAAAUCCGGAGGCUGUGAUUAAAACUCAUUUGGAUUUUCUGCGUAAUGGAGCGGAUAUUAUUCUAACGAACACGUAUCAGUCCAGCGUUGAGGGCUUCGUCAAGUACUUGGGUGUGACCAAAGAACGAGGUGUAGAACUAAUUCAAAAGAGUGUCCAUCUGGCCAAGGAGGCCAAAAAUCAGUACCUAAAGGAAACCGGCUCCGAGCUGGAAUCUACUCUUCCUCUUAUCUUGGGUUCAAUAGGUCCCUAUGGUGCAUAUCUUCAUGACGGAUCCGAGUACUCUGGCAGUUAUGCGGACAAAAUCUCCAAGGAGCAGCUAAAAGAGUGGCACAGAACUAGAAUAGAGAUAUGCCUGGCAGCUGGAGUCGAUGGCUUAGCCCUGGAAACUCUUCCUUGCCAGAUGGAGGCGGAGGCAGUUGCUGAAUUCGUACUGGACAACUGCCCAGAAGCUCAUUUUUGGGUCUCUUUUCAGUGCAAAGAUGAAAAGCACUUGGCAAGUGGUGAAUCCUUUGCGGAGGCUGCUCUUUCUAUUUGGCGGUUGGUCCAAAGUCGCAAGGCUGAAAACCGAUUAAUUGGAAUUGGGCUCAACUGUGUGAACCCAUUAGAUGUAACCCCUUUGCUAACAUCUCUUACCAAAGCGGCCGGAUCGGAUCGUAUCCCGUUGGUGGUCUACAGCAAUCGCGGCGAGAUUUACGAUGCAAAGCUGGGAGAUUGGACUGGGACCGGCGAGGAGGUGGUUAAAUUUGUACCUGAAUGGCUCCAGCUAGGAGCUCGCGUGGUAGGUGGCUGUUGCCGGGUCUAUCCGACAGAUGUGUUGGCGAUCCGCAAGUACGUCGAUAGCAUCAACAUAAAACCGUAAUCGGUCUCGGAAGCACUUUGCGAGGACUGAUAGCUGGCUUGUUGUUAAUGCGAAGCCGUUUCGUGUGACUAGACCUAGACCUAUUUAGUUUGCUAAAUACAUACAUAUUUGUGUACCCAGAUCAGAUGGGCUGCCUAAUCAGAGAGUGGAAAAAAAGCGUGGACGGCUGGGAGACAAAAACCAGAUUAAACGGGCGGAGCAAAGGUAAACAAGUGGGUUUGGGGGCAGGGGCUGGCGGACACCCAGCGACUGCUAUAAUUUGCAAACCUAGCUCAAUCAAAAUCAGGACAAUCUCUGAUUCAAUUUUUCAAAUAACAAAGUGCAUUUGUCUUUUUAAAUAAAAUAUAUUUGUUUUUUUUAACUUUAUUAUUGACUUGGAUCUGGAUUUUUUUAAAGAGAACUUUAUGUACAUUUGAUAAUAGAUACCUAGGGGAAUGAAUUAAAUAUAUUAUUAUGUACUUUCGAGUAAGCAAUAAUUAUAAAAAUGUCUUUACUUUAACUUCUUGGAA